GGUCGGACCCGAAGAGGAAAGAGGCUGCAUCCCGCCCGCGCCCCGCGUCAUGCGGAGCGUCCAUCUCGGGCCGGGACCCUCAUCCCAUGUGCAUUGCUUGCAUGAGCGCUAAACACGCCCAAGCAUCGCUGGCCGACCCCCGGAAGGAAGGCUGAGAGUGGCGGUGGCUAACAACCAGGACCCAUGUCUGACAGGAGCCACCCCACAGACAGCAGCCAUCAGCCGCCAGCGACUAAGAGCUGGGUCGACAUGAUGGAAGAUGAGUCCCCAGAAUGGCCCCCCCUGUUCCGCCUGGCGUGUUCGGUGCCGGACUGCAGCUUUACAGCUCAUGAGAAAAUUGUCAGCAUCCACUGGAAAAAUAGCCAUGCACCAGGAACAAAGAGAAUUAAGCUGGACACAGCAGAGGAGAUUACAAAAUGGAGAGAGGAGAGACGCAAAAACUAUCCAACCCUCCAUAAUAUUGAAAAGAAGAAAAAGGUGAUGGUGGCACAGGAGGUGUUCUAGAGACGGCUCCAGAGAGGAAGGGGAGGAAGAGGGGGCAGAGGAGGAAGGGGAAGGGGUGGUAGAGGAGGAAGGGGUGGUAGACACCAUGAUGCGCUGCAGAAGCAUCGUUCUACUCUGCUUGAGAUGUUACUCGCCCCAGAUAUCCGCCAUGAGAGGAAUGUCCUCCUGCAGUGUGUGCGCUACGUUGUCCGCAACCACUUCUUCGGCCUUGAGAGCAGAACUCAGCUCGGGGAAGGGACCCAAGCCACAGCAGCUGGAGAGCGUGAAGGGAGGCACUACAAGGCAUCAGAUGAAGUCUGGGCCGUGUCCCAGUCUCCCUCUCUGACCGGUGGGGAGAGAAUCUCUGACCUUGGCCAUCAG